AUUUAAUUGUAGGAGUUUUUCUGUACCGAAAUUUCGUACGAAAGGUGACGGCGCGUUUUCAGAAAUAUCCCUUUUUGAAACUGCUUGACAUUUUCAUUGGAUGUUUCAUAAAUAUCAAGAGAAAAGCAGCUUCCCGCUGCUACAAAAUACUUCGACACCAUAUCGCGUUAGACGUGAAUCCAUAUCACUUCCAGAUUGUUCGCAGGAUACUGGUUAUGGUACUCGUUCUUCGACUUUCUUUAGUCCUGGUCGCACCUCAGAGAAAGAUAUUUUCCUGAAAGUAUAGAAGUUCAUGGACGUACCGGCAUUAGAAAUUCUUUAAGGGGUAAGCGGCGUGUUGAUAUAUUGUCUGCCCUGAUGUCUUUUGAGAAAUCGGAAUAUAUACUUCUGAAAAUUCUUCGUUACCUGACUAUUUCUGACCGUCUUACAGUACUCAGUGUUUGUAAGUCUUGGUAUUCGUUGAAAUUGCGCUUACCACGGCUGUUUACCGCUAGUAGAAAGCAUGAGAUGAUAUUCAAGGAAAAUUCGGCGAAGGGAUCACAGAGAUCAACAACCAGUCGUAAACCGUUGAGUGCGAUCAACUGUUCCAACUCCUGUUUAAUUAAGAAUAGAGUUGAUAAGUUUUAUACUAAGGAGUUUUUGCAUCCAUGUCCCGUAUGCUCUGGAGUGGCGUUUUAUAGACCUAAUGAAUGGCCGAAUCGUUUGCAUUGUCAGGCUUUGGACUGUGGUAUCUCUGUUUGUUAUAAUUGUCAGCGGGAGCACUCGCCCAGUGAUAAAUGUCAAAUGACACCAAACUCGCCAGUAUACAGAUUGUCUCCCAUUCAACCUCGGGCAUCCCCAACUCGCAGUCCAAGAGCCCGAGCCCGGUUAAUGAAAUCUUCUCUUCGUCGCUUGUAGUUGCUUGAUUUUACUGUACCAUAGUUCUUUCAUAUGUACAUACUUUUUGUUUUAAACUGUUACCCGUAGUUUUUAUCAUAAUAUAUACUUGUUUUUGCCUGU